CGGCAACCUACGAGAUGGAGCAGCAGCUCGAUGCUCGGUCAGCUUCAUGCAGCACUCGAACCCGCAAGACACCCACCGCAAAGCAUUGUUACCAGACAGGAAUCUCGUCCUCAGCCAUACACACCGCGCAGCGCAGUCCCUCGAUCACUCGCCCCCCCCUCCACCCUCUCUCUUCCUGCCAGCGUUCGACAGGUGGGCUAUCUGCUGCAGAAUGUGCCUCUUCCGCCACUGCCCCGCCCAGCUCUGUGCAUGCCGGCCCUCAGCGUCAAUCCAGUCUCGCUCAGACACACAGAUCACCUGCCACCCCAGGGCCCGCAGCGCAUUCAGCUCGGCGAACUUCUGUGCCGUCACCAGGUGGCUCUUGUACUUGUGUCGGCCGAACUGCCUGACGGCCGGCCCCUCCCAGUAGAAGUCCCAGUCAUGCCACAGCAGAUAGACCAACACGUGCUCCUCAGGGGACGCUGCGCUCGGGGUGCUGCCAGUGGAGAAUGGUUGGGAGGGCGGGGCCGCACGCACUCGUCCUUCGCCGAGUGAUGAUGUCUUCAUGUCUUCUUCUGGUGCAGCUGAUGGGGGUGGCUCCUCCUCUUCUUGGAUGGUCGGCUUGUGUGACUCGUUUGUCGUGUGUGCCGGGCUGUCGAUGGACGGUCUUUUGGACCGCCUCCCCCUCCCUCCCCUCGUAGCAGCUGCCACUGGAGGCUGGCUUUCCUUGUCCCUGCCUGUCUCCAGCUCAUCCCCAAGCGUCAUCCAAUCAUUCGUCGAGUCCUCCUCUGACGCAUCGGCAACCGUGUUGCCGCUGCGGCAGCUCUCCUCGCGCUCGCCGUCGCUCUCCUCUUCCUCCCUGUCUCCUUUCCCGAAGAUGCCAUCCUCCGUAUUGUCUUCCCCCUCCGACGAUUCCUCCGACAUCUCCAGCGGCAUCAGUGGGUGCUCGCGCAGGUGUCUGGCGAGGCUCACGAGGCUGACGGCAAACGGCACCACUAAGGGCCCCACACGGACGUCCUCCAGCACAUGCACUCGCUGCCACGACCGCAGCUCCCGCCUGACGCGCUGGGGGAAGCUGUUGCUGACCAAGGGGGACACGUGGCGACCGCCACACCACCGAGCCGACAAACCAGAGUCGAGCUGAGAGGCCUCCACUGGUGCACGGUCCCUGUCACGUAGAGGGGGAGCGGUGGGGGCCGUGCUGUCCGGUGAGGGGUCUUCUGGCUGCUGGUUUGCAUUGUGUGUCCUGGUCAGUGAUGGCGGCAGGAAGGUGUCUGCGUUGGGUCUGAGUGGGGGUUUGGCGCUGUACAUGGCGGGGAGGUCGAGGGAUGAGGUGCGGCGGUGGUGGGCGGCCACGGGCUGACACGACCACGUGCACUCGUGGAAGAACUGAAUGAAUGGAUGGAGGCACAGACAGGUAUGGCUGCUGGCUUUCUGGUGUGAGGGGUACCUUACCUGUUUGACGGUCUCCGGGCACUCGUCGAGGAUUCUCGAGCAGGCGACGAAUCCCAGCGAUGUCCGCUCGUCUUCACUCAGGGCAUCCCUCUGAAUGAAUGAAGGUAAGGUAGAAGCGGAACAUCACACCACCACAACCAUGCCAGCAUGCUCAUUCUGUUACAUUGUGGAGGACGUAUUGAGCGACGGGUGUCAUCAUGGCUGGUGUGAGGCUCUUUGGCCGCGACGAGAGGUCGAAUAUGGCCGCAGCCAGCAGCACCGACACUGCGUGGGUCGUCUGGGGCGGAGCAGGCAGCGACACCAAUGCUGUUUGUCUGCACCUUGUCCGCCUGCGUGGUGUGCAUACCGAUGAAUAGGUCAGCGUCGACGCCAGAGGGAAGAUGUUCAGCGCAUCAGCCUACACACACGCAUCAGUCGAUGUAUCCCUCUCCCCCCAUUCUCCCUCCCUCUCCCUCGUCUCCGUACGUACCACAGUGGGGAGUACCAGUCUGGCCAGUGAGCCCGCCAGCACUGUCAGGGCGGCCGGCGAUGCCACGGGCAUCUCAUCGUCCAAAGUGCAGCACAGCGACGCCCACCGACGAUCACGCACACCCAGACGAGCAAAGAUCCACGAAGCACGAGCAACUGUCUGCAGCCAUGACAACACAAACAAACGGAACACCACACCACACCCAGUCGCCCACACCCACCAAAGACGGCUUUCCCUCAACGACUGACUCACCAUGGGUGCGUGUGGGGCCUUAGUCAUUCGUAGGUGUUUGACAAGGUGGGCGGCCAGCUCCCUGUGCGGCCCCAGCCGGAAGCCUGACGGCGAGGCACACAGCGUCUCGCCCAGUGCGAGCAUCUCCUCCACACUCAGCAGCGAUAGGCCGUCGCCAACCAUCAGACGCAGACACAGGUCCGCCUCCAGCCCGGGCAAGAUCGGCCUGCCCUCAACCUCCAGCCCCUGCAUCUCGUCGAUCGGCUCCAAUGGGGCCUUGUCCACUGUCAGGUCGGUCGGCCGCUGGAUGCCGCCGAUGCGGGUGUCCAUCGGGAGAGGGGCGAAGGUGUCCUCCGUCGUCGCGACACGCCCCCCAAAGGCCGACCGGUCCGCCCAUCGCUUAAGCAAGUGGAGCACCUGCAAUGCCUGGUCGCCCUCCAAAUCGGCCACCCGGUAUCUGAGCUCCUCCAGCACUCUGGCCUUGACGACGCUGUCGAUGGCCGUGGGGGGGAUGUCUGGGAAGGUGCUGAGCAGCUUGAUGAACUCAGGGCCGCGCAGCUCGAACAGCACGUUCUGCAGUUGACGCGUCACCUGCCGCAGCAGCAGGAAGGGGACCAUCCCGGUGCCGGUGUCUAGGGGCGACGGUCUCUUCUUCUUGCCCAAAUGCCGGCCAUAGACCUUCCUCAGGGCUCUCCGCUCGUCCUCAUCAGCGGCCUCCUCCCACUCCUCCUCACCAGGCUGGGGCUCCUCCGUUCCCUCCCCCUCAGCUGCUGCUGGUGGCGGUGGUUUGUCGCGUCUGAAGAUCUGCUGCAUGGAGAGGAAGAGGAACAUCAGGUCGGUGGACCGGAACUUGUGUAGGUGUUUGGACGCCUGGUCCAGCAGCAGCUGGAUGAGCGCUCGGUGCGGCAGACCAUCGCCAGCCUCACUCUCGUCAGAACCGCCCUUGGCGAACCGGAUGGGCUCUGAUGCUGAUGCAGCGUCGCGCAAGACGGCCGCCUCCGGAGUCUCUGCCUCUGUGGCUGAGGGGCCGACCGGCGCACCGCCGCUGUCGUCUCUCUUGUUGCUGUGGAGGAAUGAGGCUCUCUUGGUGAAGGGCACCAUGUGUGAUGGGGGGAAGGUGAAGGCGUGGAGCAGCAGGCUUAGGGUCAAGGGGUUCUCGAGCUUCCUUAUCCGUGGGGCGAUAGCUGCAGCCACCCUGUCGAGCACCGCUUGUCGGCUCGGCCCGUCGAUCCGCACAUAAGCAUGGGCAAGGACGGCUAUGUCCUGUGCGUCAAGGACAGACAGACAGACAGACAGGCAGACAGGCAGACAGGCAGACAGGCAGACAGGCAGACAGGCAGACAGGCAGACAGGCAGGCAGGCAGGCAGGCAUAAGAAAAAAGUGACGAUAGGAUCCUCCUCCUUGCCAUGUCACCUUCGGUGGCGCCUGUGGCGUUAAUUUCUUAUAGAUGACCGGCAGGGCGGCCUCGACGAGGAAUCUGUCCUCUCUCCUCAGCUUGCACACACUCACCAACAGAAGGGCCAGGUGGCCCAGCCGGAAAUUGUGCAGCCGCCCUCGCAAACCCUGCACAGUCCACAUGCACAGCAGACAGACACAGACAAAGCCUCCUUCGUGGCGGUGUGUUUGUUUGUGUGGCCCACGUCGAGCAUGUAGUCGAGGAAUGAGUCGACCCGUUUGCCGAUGGUGGCGAAGCAGUGGAUGAUCAGUGUGGCGUCGGCCACCUUCAUCUGCGACCGCAGCACCGCCGCCCUGUACAUGUAAGCCUCCCACACCUCACGGUGGCGGUAGUGACGCCGAGUGGUCUCCUGGAUCGAACGACGCAGCGCCGUGCCGUCCAUCUGGUAGAUGCGCUUCUGCAGGACAAACAAAUCAGACACACACGGACACACAUUCACGAGAUUGAUUCAUGAAUCAGAUGAACUUGGCUGUGAUCUGUCUGCCCAUGAGUGUCGAUGCCUACCAGUGAGGGAAUGGCGGGGUUGUGGCCCUUGGCUGUCAGCAGUGAGCGCCCCUGGACACUCUGCCGCCUCUCGUCCAUCGCCGUCAUCAUUACUGGAGCUGGGAGGGCGCUGUUUUGCCACGGCAGACCUCUCUGCACGAGCCCCCCUGCCGAAGGCGGCCUUCUGCACGUCUGA